UUGGAACCAAAAUGGCCGCUCCUGUAUUUUGACGUAGCUAGCUACUUUUUCUAUUUGUUUCAUUCUUGGUAGAAAACUAUCCAACGAGAGACUUGCCGGAGGAACGGUCUUUCACCAUCCUCCCUGCGUUAGCUCCCUAAUUUUUAUCUCGAAGACAAUCAAGACUGACACCUCUUUGUUGAGCGAAUUUGUCAGACUAUGCACAUUUGGUUCUAAUAGCAGGCUAGCUAGCUGGCUCUGGCUGGCACACACCAAGGCAGUUGUUGAAAUUGAAAAUAGCUGGCUAACUUAGCUGCGAUGGAGGAGUUGAGCGCCGACGAGAUUCGCAGAAGGCGACUGGCUCGACUGGCGGGAGGACAGACGUCACAGCCCAGCACCCCUCUCAGCACUCCCCUGACAUCCCCGCAGAGAGAGACUCCACCUGGACCCCUCCCUGGACCAUCAGGCAUCACACCCCAGCCCCUGCCACCAGCCGCCUCUCAGUCACUGGGGCUCAAUGUUCAUAGUGGUACCCCCGCCACGUCCCCAAUGGGCACCUCUGGUGUGGCAUAUGGCAGUCAGAGCAGUGAGGGUGUGAGCUCCCUCUCCAGCUCUCCCUCCAACAGCCUUGAGACUCAGUCCCAGAGUUUGUCCCGAUCCCAGAGCAUGGAUAUUGACACCGCCUCCUGUGAAAAGAGCAUGUCCCAGGUGGAUGUGGACUCAGGGAUAGAGAACAUGGAGGUGGAGGACGGCGAUCGCAGGGAGAAGAGGAACUUGGCUGAAAAGGAAACCUCUGCCAACUCAGAUGUCUCUGAAGAGCAGGCUCUGCAGCUCAUCUGUAAGAUCCUCCGUGUAUCCUGGAAGGAGCAGGACAGAGAUGUCAUCUAUCUCCCCUCGCUGGCCACAGAAUUCCACCAGAACCCUAAAGACGUAUACUCUGACUUCAAAGACCUGAUUAGCCAGAUCCUGAUGGAGGUAUUAAUGAUGUCCACCCAGUCGCGUGUUCACAACCCCUUCGCCAGCUUGACCUCCACCUCUCAGCCAAUUGCAGCUGCCAAAUCCCCCGACCACCGUCUGACGCUGGUGCAGCCCUCCAGCCAGGGUAGCAGCCCACUGGCUCCCAGUGCAGGAUCCUUUGGAGCCAGCUCUCUGUCCAGUCUGUAUGGGUGCAGUCCACACCCGACGACUUUGAAUGCAGCCAGGAUGACUUCCCCAUCUUUCCCAACCCCAACCACACCCUCCACACCAUCUACUCCCUCUACACCACAGUUAAUUGUGCCCCCCAGCCCACCCACCACCACCACUGCUCCAAGGUUCUCCCUCAACCCCCCAUCUGCUCCCUUACCCAUCUCCCAGCGCUACCGGCCCUACUCUGUCACCUCCCCCUGGGGGGGUUCCACCUCACCUAACCCAGGCCGCAGAGGACCUAAUCUCUCUGGGCCUUUUCCGAGCCCUGGAGGGCCUUCCGCACCCCCCAACACCCCAGUCCCUCUGCCACCACCCAGCCCACAGUCCCACUCCCUUACUUCACCCAGGCCUCGCCCCCGCACCACUUCCACACCCCUUCCUAUGGUGCCCCCUUCGCCCAGAUCAAACGCCCGACAAGCUACCUUUGCUGCCGGGAUCCCACCGUCUAGGUACCUCUUCAGCCAUGUGUAUGACUGUGUGUCUUCAUGUUUUCUCACCUCCUUUCUGUCUCCCCAUUCUUGCGCACCCCCCUCCAAUCUUCCUCUCCCUCCUCCCCCGUCUUUUCCUUGUCAUGCCAGCCCCCUGUCGCUCCUAUUCUUUGCCCUCUCUGACAUGUCUCAGGACAGCAGUGAUGAAGAGUCUGAGGAGGAGGAGGAUUUUACACGUGUUCAGUUUGGGUCCAGUCUGGGUGCAUCUGGAGGAGGGAUGUCCUGCGAUUCAGCUAGCGACCGCUUCACUAUUGAAGCUUGCAAAGAGACGGAGAUGCUGAACUACCUCAUCGAGCGUUUUGACAGUGUUGGCAUGGAAGAGAGGAAGGCUCCCAAGAUGUGCAGCCACCCAAGUGUCAGCCAGCUCCUCAGCAACAUUCGCUCUCAAUGUAUUUCCCAUGCUGCCCUGGUCCUGCAAGGCACCCUCACCCAGCCUAGGAGCCCCCUUCAGCAGUCUCUGCUGGUACCUUAUAUGCUGUGCCGGAACCUUCCAUAUGGCUUCAUCCAGGAACUGGUGCGCAUUACCCACCAGGAGGAAGAGGUCUUCAGACAGAUCUUCAUUCCCAUCCUUCAUGGGCUGGCUCUGGCAGUGAAAGAGUGUUCCUUUGACAGUGACAACUUUAAAUUCCCCCUCAUGGCAUUAGCUGAACUCUGUGAAAUCAAAUUUGGAAAGACUCACCCAAUGUGCAAUUUGAUAACGUCGCUGCCCCUGUGGUGUCCCAAACCUCUGAGCCCUGGCUGUGGUAGAGAGGUGCAGAGACUGUCCUACCUGGGAGCCUUCUUCAGCCUGUCUGUUUUCGCUGAGGAUGAUACCAAGGUAGGAGACAAGUAUUUCUCGGGCCCAGCCAUCACCAUGGAGAACACUCGCGUGGUCAGCCAAUCCCUACAACACUACCUGGAGUCGGCCAGGGGUGACCUGUUCAAAGUCCUUCAUAACAUCUUGCUGAAUGGAGAAACACGCGAGUUAGCUCUCAACUACAUGGCAGCUUUAGUCAACUGCAAUGUGAAGAAAGCCCAGAUGCAGACCGACGAUAAACUGGUGUCGACAGACGGCUUCAUGCUGAACUUCCUAUGGGUGCUGCAACAGCUGAGCAUGAAGAUCAAGCUGGAGACAGUGGACCCCUACUACAUUUUCCACCCACGCUGUCGCAUUGUUGUCAGUCCAGAGGAGACCCGCCUCAAGGCCACCAUGGAGGAGCUCAAAAGCUGGCUGGCAGAGCUGCAUGAAGACCCCAACAAAUUCUCAGAGCCCAAAUUCCCCACUGAGUGUUUCUUCCUGACACUGCACACCCACCACCUGUCCAUCCUGCCAGGCUGCAGGCGCUAUAUCCGCAGGUUGCGGGCCAUCCGAGAGCUCAACAGGACUGUGGAAGAGCUGAAGAACAGUGAAAGCCAAUGGAAAGACUCUCCCCUGGCCAGUCGACACAGAGAGAUGCUGAAACGAUGCAAAACCCAGCUCAAGAAACUGGUGCGGGCAAAAGCUUGUGCUGAUGCGGGCCUUCUGGACGAAAACCUGCUCCGCAGAUGUCUGCAGUUCUACAGCACUGUAAUCCAGCUCAUUCUUCGCAUGGUGGACCCUGCCUACCCGCACAUUACCCUGCCACUGAACCCAGAGAUUCCCAAAAGCUUUGCUGCUCUGCCUGAGUUCUACAUUGAGGACGUGGCUGAGUUUCUGCUUUUUGUUGUGCAGUAUUCUCCCCAGGUGUUAUAUGAGCCGUGUGUGCAGGAUAUCGUCACCUUCCUGGUGGUGUUCAUCUGCAGCCAGAACUACAUCAGGAACCCCUACCUUAUCGCCAAACUGGUGGAGGUGCUGUUCGUCACCAACCCGGCCGUACAGCCACGCACACAGCGGUUUUCUGAAAUGAUGGAGAACCACCCAUUAUCUGUGAAGCAGCUAGUCCCGGCUCUUAUGAAGUUCUACACUGAUGUGGAGCACACUGGCGCCACCAGUGAGUUCUAUGAUAAGUUCACUAUCCGGUACCACAUCAGCACCAUCUUCAAGAGUCUCUGGCAGAACAUUGGCCACCACGGCACCUUCCUGGAGGAGUUCAACUCUGGGAAGCAGUUUGUUCGCUACAUCAACAUGCUGAUCAAUGACACCACCUUCCUAUUAGACGAAAGCCUGGAGUCCCUGAAGCGCAUCCACGAGGUUCAGGAAGAGAUGAAGAAUAAGGAGCAGUGGGAACAGCUGCCAAGAGAGCAGCAGCAGAGCCGCCAGUCCCAGCUGACUCAGGAUGAGCGGGUGUCACGCUCCUACCUGGCUCUGGCCACAGAGACAGUUGACAUGUUCCACAUCCUCACCAAACAGGUCCAGAAGCCUUUCCUCAGACCUGAGCUUGGGCCUCGUCUUGCAGCCAUGCUGAACUUUAACCUCCAGCAGCUUUGUGGGCCAAAGUGUCGGGAUCUGAAGGUGGAGAACCCUGAGAAAUACGGGUUUGAGCCCAAGAAGCUCCUAGACCAGCUGACUGACAUCUACCUGCAGCUCGACUGUGCCCGCUUUGCUAAAGCAAUUGCAGAUGACCAGCGGUCGUACAGCCGAGAGCUGUUCGAGGAGGUGAUCUCCAAGAUGAGAAAGGCUGGUAUCAAGUCCACCAUUGCCAUUGAAAAAUUCAAGCUGCUAUCAGAGAAGGUGGAGGAGAUAGUCGCCAAAAACUCUCAGUCUGAAAUGGACUACAGUGAUGCGCCUGAUGAGUUCAAAGAUCCUCUGAUGGACACACUGAUGACUGACCCUGUGAUACUGCCCUCGGGGAACAUCAUGGACCGUUCCAUCAUCCUGCGCCACCUGCUCAACUCCCCUACUGACCCCUUCAACAGACAGCCACUCACAGAGAGCAUGCUGGAGUCAGUCCCUGAGCUGAAGGAGAGGAUCCAGGCGUGGAUGAGAGAGAAACAGGGAGGAAGACUUGUGUAAGGACUCCCCGUCCCCGACGUCUGCCCUGCUAACCAUCACGAAGGGAUGUUUCCAAUUCGCCUGAAUUCAGUGUCACCACCACCACCACCAACAACAAAAAAAGCAUUCUGGAAGAAAAAAGGAAAUCUUAUUUGAUUUUUACCCACCGUUAUCCUUUUUGUCUCAGACCAUCAUUUGAAGGUCCUUGGCUCUAAAAACAAAACAUAAUAAAGUUAAGACUUUUAAAAGUUUUUUGCUCAUGACUUUGUGUGUAUAUAUUCAAAUAUAUACAUAUAUUUAACGAGAGUUAGUUAAUGCAUUACAAUGCUGCGAGGAUAAGUUUCCACCACCUACAGGUCUACCAGCGAGGUGCAUUUGUUCACUUCAUUGAUGAUUUUCUUUUACUGUUCCAUCUGUUUUGUAAAACUGUGUAUGUUGGUUUCAUUAAAAUCUUAAUUAUGUGAAGGGGGGAGGGAAAAGCAUUUGGGAGGGAUGGGGCAGUGUCUGAUUAAAUUGCUUGUCCUGAUUUUCUUUAUCAAGACUGUGACAAUGAUGAGCCUAGUGGAGUCCACAUAAUGUACGCUCAUAAUCAUAGAGCUAACACACAUGCACAGUUUUGUGCUUGUUGCUUAUGAAGCUCGGAAAUGGGAAUAUACCUAAAGGAUGUAGCUCAACGUAAACUCUAACCCUAAAUGUCUGCUUUCUUUAGAGUACAGUGGGCAAGUCAAGCAGCGGUUAACCAGAAUCUGUUUGGUUGGUCCUUUCUAGUCCCAUUUUCCCUGUUGACUUUGAUAAAGAGUGAAUUUACUUCUUGUGUGUGCAUGGCCUCAAGCCCAGAACCUCCUAAGCGCCUCAUAGACUAAUAACCCUCUUUAUGGCGAAGCUGAACAAACACGAGAGAAUGUAGCAUGGACACCAGAGACACAGUUGUAGGAGCACACCAUUAAGUCUGUUCUUCAGAACCACCGACAUCUCUCACCUCAAGAUGGUCUCUCUCAAAGCGCACUGUACCUAACUUGACCUUGCUGACCUUAACUGUACAGGAAAUUAUUUCCUUUAACCACAUACCUGUUUUGGAAGCUAGGAUUUUGAACUGAAAUAAAUGAUGAUGCACAUAA